AUGAACGUGAACGUCGUUGCCCAUGCUGCGCUAAUCGAGAUACUGCGCCCAGUGCUCGCCCGGGACCAUCGAGUGUUGCUUAUGGGCUCAUGUUGUAGCCAUGCCUGCCUGGCGACGAAUCGAAUCAAGACUGAUUCCUCCUUCCUCUACGACGCUCAUGGUCCGUAUCAAGCCUACGCGUUCUCGAAGUUGCUGCUUGCCGUCUACGGCGAGAUGCAUGCGCAGUCGAUGCACAUCACCCAUCCGGGCGCUACCCUCUGCGUCGUCCACCCGGGCGUCGUGCCGAGCGCCUUGUAUCGAAAGACGAAUCCGUUAACCCGUCUCGCCAUUGGGUAUAUGCUGCCGUUGAUCGCGAGGAGCGCUGAGGAUGCGGCCAUUCUUUCCCUGCAUACGGCUUUUCGCGAAGACGUCAAAAGUGGCCUCUACUUUGAAGAUGGUCAGCCGACUUCAGUUGGACGGGACUUGGAGAAAGCUACAAAGAUGGCUAUGUUGCUGCCGACUACGGGGGGCACGAUCCGCCUCCUUCUUGCUGAAGACUGGGUCGCCAAGCGACAAAACACUGCGAGGCUCUAUGUCUUACUCCAAAAGAAGUGCCAAGUCGCCAGCGAAUUGGACGGGGCGUACCUGGCCUACAGCGCGGCACUAACAAAGUUUGGUUGCAAGACGGGAAUUUGGGCCAUUAAGAACAAAGCCCCAAAGCAGAUGCCCGAGUUCAUCAGCGCCGUGCAACCCGAGUUGGCCGCCGCCGCGCCACCAGCCGAACAGCCCCCACCCACUUCACCAGAGCUUUGGGCUUCAACACCCGGCGGCCAAGACGACCUGGCGUGCCCCCUUGCCCUCGAGACCCUCGUCGCCUACCAAAAGAAAGAGGCGAAGGAGCACCUGGACCGAGUGGGAGGACCAAUUUUUUUC